CUCUGUCAUUGUGGUGCCGAUAUAUGAAAUGCGGGCGUGUGGACGCCCCCCGAGACACGACAGACACGGAACAUGUGCACGAACGAACACAGACAGAUAGCUACGUCGCCCGCUGCGGGCGAGAAAAUGAGUGAGUCACCACACCCAGAUGGUGGUGCGACGACUGACCGCUCCGGUCUAGAGGGUGACGAUAUCGCCCGCCAGCCGUCUGUAGUGGUCCGCCUUCCAGUCCGCAUACCUAACACACACACAUCCAUCCAUCCAUGGUACAGAGGAGACAUCAUGUGAGUGUACAGCGUCCUGUGGAUGGUCCGUCCGUCCACCCAUACAUACACACAUACCCGGGGAUGGUGUCGCAUAUUCUCUUCCAGUUGGGGUUGGCUGCCUUGUUCAGUCGUGGGUUGCUGGAGCCGUCCUUGUUGAUCACACCGCCCACUGGCGUCCAGCCCGACCCAUAGGGCUCCUGGUGGUACACCUGACACAAACAUUCACACAUACAGAGAGAGAGAGAGAGGACGUCGACGUUUUCGUUCAUUUCAUGGUUGAGUGGUUGUUGUCUGACCUCGGUGCCUCCGAGUACGACGGGGAUGCAUCCGCCCUUGACGAUCAUCUCCCACGCGAAGUGGAUGUCGUCAUAGCCCCACCAACCGUCGUACACCUCGUCGUAACCCCCUAUCAACUCCCACACACGCUGUAUCAUACCCAUGCACACACACAACAACGCAAGAGAAGACAAGACAUGCAAACGACCCUCUCUCUCUCCAUAUCUCUCCCUCCGCCCGUUGUGUACCUACCCUUGGGAAGGCCGUAUGCAUGCCGUAGAAGUAGGCCCACGGGUGGACCCCCUCGCGCACGUUGUCGAGGACCUUGCCGUGGCUGAACCGGUUGUCGCGCGGCUUGAAGUAGUUGGCCUUGGAGAGUAUCCGGGGGAACGUCCCGCACACACUGAAGUCCUUCAUCACGUGCUCGUCCGUCCAGUCCUCCGUCGCGACGAACCACCGCUCCGCCGUGACGAGAUACGGCGUCGAGGGAUCUCGGGAGCUGAAAGACACACACGAAACGAUAAGCACAGCGAUAGAGAUGGAUGUGUGAACGUGCGUGGGUGGGUGUGAGCGCGGGUACCUGAGGAACUGGUAGAGGUUUUCGAGGAAGUUUUCGUUGAGGAUGACGUCGGAGUCCAUGCCGACGAUGAAGUCGUACUUGGCCUGCUUGAUGCCCAUGUUGCGCCCAGAGGGGACUGAAAAGGUGUUCUCCAACUUCCGACGCUGGGCGAUGUGAUAGAUAGAUGCCACACAACACACAGAGAGAACAGAGGAGAGGAUCAUCCAUCUAUCCAUCCAUCCAUCUAUCCAUCCAUGUCUGCCUGCCUGCAGUAUCUAUCAUUUAUUGCCGGACUGACCUGUAUGAAGGUGAGGUCGAGUUUCUCUCUGUAUUUCCUGUAGAUGGCGUCGACGUCGUCGGUCGAGUUGUUGUCGAGGAUAAUGACCUCGAACUUGAAGUCGCUCUUGAUCCGCUGCUUGCACAGACCCGCCAACGUCUUCUUGACGAUCUCCUCCUACCACACAAGACAACACAACACACGUCUCACUGGCUGGCUGUGCGUGCCUUGGGUGGUGGGUGGUGCUGUGGUGCGGCACUCACCUGGUUGAACAUCGGGAAGACGCAGCUGAAGUUGAUGCCAGUUGGGUACAGGUUGGUGGGCAGCUCCCUCGGGCGACCCGUGAUCAUCGCACACGCCUUGGACCACUCACCCCACCCACUCAGACGGGGCUUGCCCUGGUCACACGACCCUCAAAACAAAUGAAUACAUGUACGUACAAGUUCAGGGAUGUCCUGCCUACCGUGACGUGUUGGUUGUAGGGUUUGUCGAAGAGCAUGUGCUUCCACUCGGGAGUCAUGGCGCCCUCGUCCGCCGUGGGCUUGUCGUCUAUCAACACAUCGCCUGCCACACAUCACAGAACACACGUACAAGGUGUCGAUUGACACAAUUAUGGAUCCCUUCCUCCCUCCCACCCGGGCUCGUUGUCUCUUCUCUCUCUCCCCUCUCUCUCUCUGUCUAACCUCUGACGGUGGUCUUGUCCUUGGUGAGUAUGAGUCUGUGCACCCACUCGCUGCCGAGGUGCUUCUCCACCCACUGUGUCUUCUCGGCCGAGCACGCGGCCACAUUGGUGGGCAGCGGGGCGCUGACGAUGAAGACGUCGAACCCCGCAUCCUUCAUCGCCUUGACGGCACUCACACCACCCGACAUCGCAGGCAUGUCGCGGAAGAACCCUGAGAGACAGACCGACAGGCAGACAGGCAGACACGUGACGUCACGUUACAUUCGUUGUGGGUGGGUUGGGUUCGACGGUGUGCGUACCGUACCGUCGGUCUUGCAGACGUCGGUGACGAUUUGGCGGUGCUCUGGUGGGUAGUCGUCCUCACUGACACACACGCACACGACGCAUUGAUGGACGGAUUGACGACACUCAGGCAGGCAGCCAUCCAGGCAGGCAGGCAAGCAGACACCAUCAAUCAAGACGCACGUACUCGUCUGACCUUCCUUUUAUGUGCUGACGUGUAUACUGACUGUUUCCAGUUUUUGCGUUGUUCAAAGGGCACAAGGGGCACGUCCGGGUGGUGUUUCUUCAUCGCAGUGACGAAGCCGGCCUCCCAGUCGCACAGCGUGUUGUCCAUGUCCACAAGAAUCACUGCAUGACACCACGCCACACCACGCUGGCUGGACACGGCAGCACAGGGUGGUAUGAUCUUUCCCCUACUACCUCUGCUGUUGGCGGUGCCGGAGAACAUGGGCUUGCCCUCAGCGAGCAUCUCAAAGCCCUCAGGGCUGUGGCCAUUGGGAGGGCCUGCACAACCCACAACGGACAUACGCACAUGACACCAUGAUGUCUCGUGGGAUCUGUCUUUCCCCCUGUUUAGGGAGCGGCCCGCCCACGUAUGAUAUCUGGGUGCUGCCGCAUAUCCGGCGCGUCGAAGUCGUGAGCGCCCUUGCCCUCAACAUCAUCCGAGUACGCUGGGAGAGGCAUUGGAAGCGAACACGACAGAUCUAUAUGCGAUGCUGGAGGGACGGCUGCCGGGCUGGUAAUGGAGAGGACGGAGAGAGCUGUACAAAGAGGCGGGCAAACCGACUCAGAAGGUUCAGG